AUGUUAGCUGGAUCAGAUGACUGCUCUAUUGUUAAACAGAUACCUCCAGUAUUGUUUGGUGAAAUAAAGAGUUUUAUUCUAGAUCAUGUGGACUUUGAACUUUUAAAUUCAAUUUAUAGAGACUUUUCUGAUCCAAACCUACUUAGAAUGUCUCCUUGUUUAGAAAUCCAAGAACAGUAUAAUGGCGAGCAAUUUAAUGUAUUCAAAGUGUCAGCAGAAGAUGUUAUUUCAUCGAUCAUUUCUAUUAUAAAUAUACAACAAUGGGUAACUUUGGAGAAGCGUGAGAAGGGACCAUUUCCAACAAUUAAUAAGAACCAGACAAAAAAUAUGAGUAUUAUUACAGAGUAUUUGCCUGAUGAGAACUACUCUGAAUAUUAUUUAGCAUGGAAACUUUACUUGCUCAGGGAAGCUCCAUCUGGUAAGACUAUUAGUGAAUUAUUCUCAUUGAAAUUUCUACGAUCUUUAAUCAUUAUAAAUAUUGGAAUAAUGCUAGAGGGAUUGGAAUCUGCGGGAAUAUACUCUAAGGCAGCACUAUCAAGCUUUUUAAGUAAAGCAGUUAGUAUGAAGUUACUGCUUAGAAUUUGUAAUAUAUGUGAUAUUACAGAUAAAGAUAGCUUAAACCACCUGAAAAGACAAGCAUGGGAAUAUUUACGUUUUAUGGGGAGUGAUGAGACUCUUCAAUCAAAUUUAUUAUCAGAAACAGGAUUGGGAUUUCUUCAUAGAGAUAGUGGAAGUGCAAAAGAAGAAGCUUUAGGUAUAAUUUCUUUUGAAUGUAUAACUAAUGAUAGAGAGCCAGAACACUUAAUUAAACUUAUAGCUUUGAAAAACGUGUUUUCUAGGCAAUUGCCGAAAAUGCCUAGAGAAUACAUUGUAAGAUUGGUUUUCGAUAGAAACCAUUAUUCCUUUUGUUUACUUAAGAAAGGAAAAGUAAUAGGAGGAGUUUGUUUUAGACCGUAUUUUGAGCAAAAAUUUGCUGAAAUAGCAUUUUUAGCAGUAACUAGCACAGAACAAGUAAAAGGUUAUGGUACAAGAUUAAUGAACCACUUAAAACAGCAUGUGAAGAAAGGAGGCAUUGAAUUUUUUUUGACAUAUGCAGAUAACUUUGCUACAGGAUAUUUCAGGAAACAGGGAUUUAGGAAGGAUGUAACAAUGCCAAAAAGUAGAUGGCUUGGAUAUAUUAAAGAUUAUGAUGGAGGGACUUUAAUGGAAUGUUAUAUUAAUCCUGAGAUAAAUUAUUUGAGAUUAUCAGAAUUGUUUUGUGAACAGAAGUUCACAAUUUUACAAGCUAUACAGCUUAUAAGACCACUUAAGGUAUAUCCAGGAUUAAUAAUAUGGAAAGAGAUGGAGCAACACAAUCAUGAAAAUAUGGAUCACUCUGCAGUAGUACCUAAAGAAGUUAAAGCUGAACAAAAGGACAUUAUAAAUAUCGAGAAUAAUAAAGUAUAUCCACUAGAUAUUCCUGGAAUUUUAGAGAAUGGUUGGGUAGAAAGAAAGCUAGAUAAUAUUGAGCAAAAUAAACAGGAUUUAUCAAUGAAUGAUCAGAUAUGGCAGGUACUUGAUACUCUUUCACGUCACGAAAAUGCAUGGCCAUUUAGGAAACCUGUAAGCGUUGGAGAGGCAUCAGAUUACUAUGAAAUUAUAAAAGAACCUACAGACAUACAAACAAUGAAACGUAAAUCAAGGAACAAGGAAUACAAAAGUAAGGAGGAAUUUUGCAGCGAAUUAAAGAGGAUGUUUGACAAUUGCAGAUUUUACAACGCUAAAAAUACUAUAUAUACUAAAUAUGCAAAUGAACUUGAAUCUUUUAUUUGGCCAAUGCUGCAGACUAUCCACGAAUGA